AUGGACAUCAAGUUUUGCAAGACCAACCUUCUCAUUGAGCACAAGGAGUUGGAUGGGAGACCCCCUGUGUACACAUUAGUUGGGCAUGAAGGGAUUUGCGAGAAGAGGAGCCUGAGCUCGAUCGAGCUGAGUCGAGCUGAGGAUCGAGCUGAUCGAGCUGAAGAUCAGGUCCAGGAGAGUGCGGAUUUGGGUGAGCCUGAGUGCUAUUACUUUGAGGAGUAUGAGGCUCCAAGGAUGAACCCCUCUGUUGUGGCUGCCCACAAGAGGAUUGGACUUCUCCAAAAGUUCAACAAAUGGCAAGGGAAAGCCAUUGAGAAGAUGCAAAAGUCCAUGGACAAGAUGGUGAGCAAGAUCAAAAGUUUGGAGAAGAAGGUUUCUGGUUCUUCAAGCAAGAAGAAGAAGUCCAAGGCCCCCACAUUCCCUAGGAGUAGAUCACUCCUCACCACUCCAAGGAGGCUCCCUGCCCAAGAGCCUCACAGAGCCUCUUCUUUCGAGCCAAGGGAAGGAGAAGACAACACGCAGAGAAGGAGGAAGACUUCCAAGGCCAGACGCUCCAGCUCGACCACCGGACUCGAUCGAGUCCAAACAGAGGAAACUCAACUCGAUCGAGCUGACGGUCGAGUUGACCUGGAGGAGCCCAGUUUGAGAUCCGGAUUUGAGUACGAUCCCAGCCUUACCAGGACUCCCCAGUAG